UACUUUAUGAAAAAUUAUAACCACGUUUUUUUCUCGCUCGCGUUUGACAAGAAUUUCAAGAGAAUUGUUUCGAAAAAUCCUGAAUUUGAAAUUGUUAUGUAAAAUGGAUUUUCUUGAAUUUCAAGGCAGCAAUUGUUUGCGUCAAAGAAUUAUUCUUGCCACAUUAACCAGAAGAAAAAUAAUCAUCGAUCAGAUUCGUGAACGAAAUUCAUCUGAAUAUGGUGUACAAAAAUAUGAAAUUAGUCUGCUAAAAUUGAUUGAAAAAAUUACUAAUGGUUCAUCGAUUUUAAUCGAUAAAAAUGGAACCCGUAUUACAUAUAAACCUGGAAUAUUAUCCGGCGGUUCAAUAGAACAUUGGUGUUGUUUGGAACGAUCAAUUGGAUAUUAUCUUGAAGUUCUCAUACCAUUAGCACCAUAUUGUAAAAUUCCAGUCGAAGCUUGCCUGCAUGGAAUUACAAAUGAUACGAUUGAUCCAUCUGUCGAUGCUAUUCGACAUUCGUCCAUACCGUUAUUGAAGCAAUUUUUCAAUGUUUUCGAUGAACAACAACUUGAAUUGAAAAUAAUUUCCCGUGGUCUUCGACCAGGUGGUGGUGGAAUUGUUUCGUUUAAAUGUCCAAUUCGAAAAGUUUUAAAACCUGUUCAUCUAAUGAUGCCGGGAAAAGUUAAACGAAUUCGUGGUAUUGCAUUCGCGACAAGAGUUUCACCACAAAUUGCCAAUCGAAUGGUCGAUACAGCCAAAGGAAUGUUGUUGAAAUUUAUUACCGACAUUUAUAUUUAUACUGAUCAUCUUAAAGGUAAAAAUAGUGGUAAAUCUCCCGGUUUCGGAUUAUCGUUGGUUGCCGAAACAACUGAAGGUGUAUUCUAUGUUGGUGAAGCAAUGUCUAGACCUGCUGCUUCGGAAUCUGGAUCUGGUUCAGAUGUCUCGAUUCCUGAAGAUGUUGCACGAUUAGCUGCAUCAAACCUUUUUAACGAUAUAUAUCGGGGUGGUACAAUCAAUACAAUUAAUCAAGGAAUUGCUUCUAUAUUUAUGGCAUUUACUGAUCGUGAUCUAUCCAAAGUAAUUUUCGGUCCAUUAAGUCCAUAUACAAUUCAAUUAUUAAGGCAUUUAAAAACAUUUACAUCAUUACGUAAAGUAAAAGGAAAUUUCGAUCGAAUUUUCGACAAAACAUUAACCGAUCUAGUUCGUGGUAUUCGCAAUAACAAAGAAAAUGAGACCAAAUACAUUCAGCAAUGUAUUGAAGAAAUUAAAGAAGAAUUACGAAAUGAUAGCCUUUUUGUUAAAGCUAAUGCCAUUUCCAAGCUAACCUAUCUACAAAUGUUAGGCUAUGAUAUAAGCUGGUCAGCAUUCAACAUUAUCGAAGUAAUGAGUUCGACAAAAUUUUCUCAUAAACGAAUCGGUUAUUUAGCUGCAUCGCAAUCAUUUCAUGAAAAUACCGAAGUAAUGAUGUUGACCACGAAUAUGAUUCGUAAGGAUUUAAAUUCACAAAACAUGUAUGAUGCUGGUUGUGCAAUGAGUGGCCUAGCUUGUUUUGUUACAGCCGAUAUUAGUCGUGAUUUGGCCAAUGAUGUUAUGACAUUAUUGAGUUCAACAAAACCAUAUCUACGCAAAAAAGCAAUAUUAUUGAUGUAUAAAAUUUUUUUGAAAUUUCCUGAAGCCCUUAAACCAGCAUUUCCAAGAUUGAAAGAAAAACUUGAAGAUCCUGAUCCAGGUGUUCAAUCAGCAGCUGUCAAUGUUAUCUGUGAAUUGGCAAGAAAAAAUCCAAAAAAUUAUCUUUCAUUAGCACCGGUAUUUUUCAAAUUGAUGACCAAUUCAACAAACAAUUGGAUGCUUAUCAAAAUUAUCAAAUUGUUCGGUGCACUUACACCACUUGAACCUAGAUUAGGAAAAAAAUUAAUAGAACCAUUAACGAAUCUGAUACACAGCACAUCGGCAAUGUCAUUAUUAUAUGAAUGCAUCAAUACUGUGAUUGCUGUUUUGAUUUCCAUUUCUUCUGGUCUACCAAAUCACAAUGCAUCGAUACAAUUAUGUGUACAAAAAUUGCGAAUAUUAAUCGAAGAUUCGGAUCAAAAUCUUAAAUAUCUUGGAUUAUUAGCAAUGAAUAAAAUAUUGAAAACUCAUCCGAAAAGUGUGCAAAGUCAUAAAGAUCUUGUUCUGGCUUGUUUGGAUGAUAAAGAUGAAUCGAUUCGUUUACGUGCAUUGGAUCUACUUUACGGUAUGGUUACCAAAAAGAAUUUAAUGGAAAUUGUACAGAAAUUGGUUAAAAAUGUUACCGAAGGCCAAAUUGGCAAUAAAUUCCGUGAUGAAUUAAUAUUGAAAUUGAUUGAAAUUUGUUCACAAAAUGAUUAUCAAUUUAUUGUUAAUUUUGAAUGGUAUUUAAGUGUUUUGAUUGAUUUGGCUCGUGUUGAUGGUGGAACCAUACAUGGUGUUUUGAUUGCCCAACAAAUAUUAGAUGUUUCAAUUCGUGUUGAUGCUAUACGAUCAUUUGCAACCGAAAAAAUGUACAUUUUAUUGGAAAAUUCUGCUCUUUUUAUGAAUAAUUCUUCGGUUUGCGAAGUUCUUUAUGCAGCUGCAUGGAUAUGUGGUGAAUUUGCAGAUCAUUUGCCUGAUAAAGAAAAAACGAUUCUAAAUUUAUUGUCCAUCGAUAAUUUUCAGCCUCAUAUUAUAGCAGUUUUCAUUCAAAAUGCAUCGAAAAUAUUUGCCAAAUUAGCAGCCGAUCCUGAUUAUAAUAAUUCCAGCAGCAAAAUUUAUAAUCUUUGUUCACAAAUUGAAGAAAAAAUUAAACCAUAUCUGAAAAAUCAAAACCUGGAAAUUCAAGAACGUGCAACAACAUUAUCCGAAAUAAUAGCCAUUGUUAAAUCGAUGAAAAAUGAAAAUAUUAGCAAACAACAAGUGGAUAAAACGAAUCUAUUGAUGAAUGAUUCCAAUGAACAUUCCGACGCAAUGACUAAUGGUGAUGAUGAAACAAAUGAUGGCAGCAAUGUAUCGAAUGUGAUGAUCAAUCUACAAUCAUUUUAUUAUGCUUAUCCAUUAAAUCCGGUCGCUGCCAAAGCACAACGUAAAGUACCAAUACCAAUCGGUUUAGAUUUGGAUACACCAUUUGAUCUGCCUGAAAGCGAAGAUGAAUCAGAUGAUUACGGUGAUGAUUAUGAAAAAGUUAUCCAUUUGGUUGAUGAUGAACAACAAAACGAUAUAGGCGAAUCUUCCGAUGAAUUGAAUAAAAGACAAGAGAAAAAUAACAAUGAAAAUGAACUGUUGCGAAGAUUUGAACAGGAAAAUAAUCCAAAUUAUUUAAAAACUACAAAAUCAUCCAAACCAAUGGCUAAAAAAUCUAAACGAAAAACAAAAAGACAAAACGAAAAUUUCUAUGAAAAUAAUGAAAAUGAAGACUCUGAUAAAAAUGAAAUAUUUUCACAAGAAUUAUCUUCGACCAAACAAAAUGCAUCGAUUCCUGGAUUAAUUUCAUCGGAAAAAUAUUUACUUCAAAUGAAAAAAACGGAUAAUGUGAAAAAAGAUGAUGGUAAAUAUAAAAAGAAAACCACCAAGAAAAAGAAUACAAAAGUAAAUACCAAUAAUGAAGAUAAUGAAGAUGAGGAGGAAAAUGAUAAUAAAAUAUCGAUUCGAGCAUUAGAAAUGCCCGAAGGCGUCGAUCUGAAUGACAAUGAUGAAGACGAUGAUGAUUCAUUCAAACAAGCAUCAGAUCCACAUAAAGCUUUAGCCAAAGUAAAUCUCGAUGAUGUUAUUAAUGAUUUGAAUAAAAUGCGACAAAAAACUGCAAUAGAUUCGAAAAUCCCCGAAACUAAAGAGAAGACUGGCAAGAAGAAAAAAUCCGGUAAAAAAGUUGUCAAAACUUCUGUGGUUAAUGAUUUGAUAACUGGGAAAAAAGUGGUUAAAGUAGCCAAAUCGGAAAAAGCGGGCAAAAAGAAUGACGAUCCCAUUAUUAAAUUGAAAGACAAUAGUCCUGUCAAAAUGAAGCCAAAAAAAUCGAAUAAAGUAAAGAAAAUUGCAGAUUCAAAAAAUCGUGAUGAAUAUGAGGAAACUUUGGACAAAAUAUAACCGAACAAAUAGUGUAAAUAUUAAUUUAUCAUCCAAUAUUUUUAUUUAUUAUUAAUUUUUUCCACAAAAUAUGAAUCCAAUUCAUUGAGAUC